AUGCAUAGUGAUGCCACAAAUUCAAACACUGUAUGUGACACAGAGAAUAGUGAACAUGCCGAGCACUGUUUGGAUGAAGCUACAAAGCCUGGUGACAAGGACUACACAGAUACGGAGGAUCUAGAGAGUGACGUACCAGUUUUGUCAGCCAUAAAGAAAGCUGUGAAGGAAACUAUAGAGGAAAAAUACUUAUCAGCCUUGGCAGCAGUGAAAAACGUGAAGGAGAAGAGAAGUGCACGGAAAAAUGCGACAAGAAAGAUACGUUGGUCAAGAGGAGCCUCUCACGUCAGCUAUCCCCUGGAUGAAGAUGAAGAGUCCGGGGACGAGGACUACAGAGAUGCUGAGGGUUUACCUUUAAGGAACAUUCCCGAUGACCCAUGCGAACCCAAGAGAGUAAAGGAUGACGUCAGCACUACCAAAGAUUGGCCAACAGCGGCGUCAGAACAGAUGCUCAGCUGUGCAGAGAAAUUAGACAAAAAGAGAAAGACGAUGAACUACAGUCUUCAGGAAUGGAGCCUAGAACGAGAAAGGGAGAAGGAAGACGAGAAACCCUGGGAACAAGGUUGGGAAGUGCGAACGAUAGAUAACGAUUUGACAGAGAGAGGUCUGGGUUGCAGCCCCGACGCCACGCUUUGUGUUUUUUUGCUUUUUGGCAAAACAUUUCACAUAACGCCUUUCUCCAUCCAUCAAUGCAUAGUGGUUUGUGUAAAACUAGGACAUUGCGGUAGAAACGAAGAAAAACAAGUACAGCAAUCGAGAAAACUUUCUUCAAAUAGCAAUCAAGUUUUUGAUUCCUGUUUUUCUAUAUUUACAUACUUCCUAGAUGCCACAAAUUCAAACACUGUAUGUGACACAGAGAAUAGUGAACAUGCCGAGCACUGUUUGGAUGAAGCUACAAAGCCUGGUGACAAGGACUACACAGAUACGGAGGAUCUAGAGAGUGACGUACCAGUUUUGUCAGCCAUAAAGAAAGCUGUGAAGGAAACUAUAGAGGAAAAAUACUUAUCAGCCUUGGCAGCAGUGAAAAACGUGAAGGAGAAGAGAAGUGCACGGAAAAAUGCGACAAGAAAGAUACGUUGGUCAAGAGGAGCCUCUCACGUCAGCUAUCCCCUGGAUGAAGAUGAAGAGUCCGGGGACGAGGACUACAGAGAUGCUGAGGGUUUACCUUUAAGGAACAUUCCCGAUGACCCAUGCGAACCCAAGAGAGUAAAGGAUGACGUCAGCACUACCAAAGAUUGGCCAACAGCGGCGUCAGAACAGAUGCUCAGCGUGAUAACGAGGCGCAAAAGAGCCUACAAAACUGCGUUUACUGCCUUGUCAGCGGUCACCCUGUUUACCUUCCAUCCACUUCCGGAGUUUGCCUUUUUGUUCCUGUUUAUUUACUGCAACUUUUUAAUCAUAUUGAUCACUUUUUGAGUUUCAGCUCCCCUUUCGGUUUUUGAUAUCUCUCCCUGUAUGAUUCUUCUUCCUAGUCUCCGUCAUCUGUGUCCUGCCUUCUGCAAAUGAGAAUUUAUUCCAGUUUUUGUUGAUGAGUUUUAAGACUUUUUGUAAAUAAUUGCAGACAAGUGGUAUUAAUUUAUACCAUGCGGCUGUUAAAUAAUCCCUUUAUCUUCUUUUGUAGAUACAUUGAAAGGAAAAAACUAGGAAUCCGUGGCAAGUUUACUUAGUGUAGACGCGGUUAUCUGUAGCUACAAUGUUCUUGUAGUUAGACUAUACUUAGUCAAAAAGCUCUAUUUUUGAUAAAUCUCCUCUUUGUUUACCUUUUUUUGUUUUUACCUUCUCAAGGAGAUAAUUACCUGUAAAUAAGACAUCAGACUGGUGUGUAUACCGACAAAAUACACUGAGUGACAAGUGGGAUAUUCCGUUGUACAGAGAGCAUUGCAUAACUAUUUUAUAACUCAAUAAAUGGGACAUUCGGGCGGUCCAUGAUGGAAAGGUUGGGUGUAGCACCACCCAUUGUACAAAGGCUUUCACGUAUUCUGAUUGGCUGUAUUUUCUAUGGAAUGAUAUAAAGAGUGAUAUUUGCGGCUCUGGCAGCAUUAUUGUAGAUUAUAGCGCCUCCUAGAGGAGAACGCUAGGAUGUCAUGAUUUCAUGAUCGUGGUUCUCUACUGUAUACAGUAUACGAUUAUGUAAUGGUAAUGGAACAGUUUUUCAAUGGCCUUUGAACAGCUGAGCACUGUAACCAAUCAGAGACGGAAAAUAUGUUUUCUUUACCAGUAAGUUGAAAAACCAAGCCAGUAAAAUAGAUGCACGCUCAUCUUGAAAAUUUAGAAUAAAAGGUUGAAUUUUA